GCAGAGUUAGGGCUGCGCUGUCGCUAUGUACCGCCUGGUGCGCCUGGGCCCGCUGCGGCUGUCGGUGGUACCGAGCAGCCCCCGGUUCGCUGCCGUCCCCCGCGCUUUGGGUUGCGGUUCUUGUCUUACCCGGGCUGGCUUCAGCCCCUCGUUGCCCCUGGUAACGCUGCGAUCUGCUGCCGGGAGCUCUGCUAAGGAUGCAGGUGUAUCCCCUGAAAAGGCAGCCACGGAUCCCAGUGGUGAGAAGAAGAAACUCAACAAAUCCCAGCAACUGAAACAAGUUUUUAAAGAAUAUGGUGCUGUAGGGGUUUCAUUCCAUGUUGGAAUUUCAUUAGUAUCUCUAGGAAUCUUCUACCUGGCUGUGUCAAGUGGUGUGGAUAUGACUGCAGUUCUCUUCAAACUUGGUUUCAGUGAAUCAUCAUUGCAAUCUAAAAUGGCUGCUGGUACAAGCACAUUUGUGUUGGCAUAUGCUAUUCACAAAUUGUUUGCUCCGGUACGAAUCAGCAUUACCAUAGUCUCUGUGCCAUUUAUUGUCAGAUACUGCCGGAAGAUUGGUUUCUUCAAACCUCCUGCCCCAAAUCCAUGAUGAUUUCUUACUGGUUUUUACUCUUUUUUUUUUUUUUUUUUUUAAAUGCUCUAUAUCCAUGUAGCUUUUCAGAUUGCUAAAUUUCUUUAAAAGACUUAUUUGGAUUCAUGUUAAUGCUGACCUCCUCUUGCAUUUCUUACUUGUCCUUUCAGGUAAAUGUCACACUGUGAGAAGUGCUAUCCUUAUCUUUCCCUUUUGCCACCUCUUCUUUAGGAAAAACUUGUUAAAAUGGUAUCUGAUUUCCACUGCAAGUGGUAAUAUAAGUGCUUGACAAUGAGCAACCUCUUUAGAACACACAGUUCUGGGUUUUUAUAAUCUAGCUUUUUGGGCCUUUUUUUUUUUUUUUUGCCCAAAUAGGCAGCAUUAGUUUGUUACUGUGUGUGUUGGGAAACAGAGUAAGAUUCUCUUCCUAAUAGUCUGUGGAAUAAACAAUAUCCUACUAUAUGAAUAGUUCUUUAGGUGAGUGUAUAUAUUGGACUUCAAAGCAGUAGGUGGGUGCACUUUUGUUAUAAGAGGCAUAUAUUAUGAGCCCAGUCUUCCAAUACAACACAUAUGCUGAACAACUAAGUUAAGUGGGAAUACCCAUAUGCUUAAUUAUUGCACAGUGAUAAUUGUUUUAGCCAGAAUAGGUGAUGCACUGUUCUGAAACUAUAGCUCUUUUGUGGUGCUUCCAUGUUUUAAGAUUUUAUUGUUUAAAAGUAUGCUUUAUUUAUAGGCUAGGAACUGGCCUUACUUAAAAGUCCUUUUUAAUUUUUUUUAUGCCUAUAGACUCAGAAGGAAUCCUGAGUCUACUGAAAUCAGUGUAACCAGAAUUACCUCCCAUGUGAAUGUAUUCCAAAGAUCAAGUCAGAGGCAAGGUAUCUGUGGGGUUUUAAUGUAGUGAGAUCUGGCUUUGUGCUGGAAACAUUUCUAUCUAUAAACUAACCCUAGCAGCUUUCUGUUGCUCCUGUGGAUGUUACAAUUCAUGGCUUCUCAAGAGCAAUUCCUGUGCUCAUCUAACAGACUGUUGAAUAUAGCAGUUAAAGGUGCUUUGCAUUUCCUUAUUUGGACACUAUUCCUAUGUUGCACAUGCAUAUGUUCACACACACCUUUUCAGUUAAUCUAACAACUGGGUCCCAAAACUAGGCAGUCAGUAUAACAUUGUGGUAAACCUGGAUUUCAGACUUAGGCCUGUGCUUCUGUGGGAUAGCUUGAGCCAGACCUAGUGGUCUUUUGGACCUGGUCUUCCUUCCAGGUCUGCUCUUUUUAUAUCGGCUUUGUGCUCACACUGACUCCAAGGUGGCUCUGACACAGAUUUGUGUAUACAGAAAUUUGAAGUAAAACAGCAUGAGGUUACCCUAGUGAUCAGAGUAGUUUGGGGGUUUUUGCUGAAAUUUAGUGAUUGAGAGGAAGGAAUCAUGUGGUUAGGAUAGGAGUUAGCUGAGGGAGGAAAGAACAAGUAACUUUAUCAGCAAGCUACUCACUCAGCCAUAACAUUAAAUGGCACCUUAACUCCUUUCCCCUGCACAGAGUCCAGCCCACAUGCUGGCUGGAUGUUCUGAGGGUUCUCAGGCUCACAAGUGAACAAGCAGAGUUUGUGCUCAAAGGUGAUGAGUCACAGCCACAUCAAUCCUUGUGUCCAUAUUAUUGCUACCACUGGAUUAAUCAGGUUUUCUCUAAGACAGGGAAGGUGUGAAGAGAUGUAGUUUACUUCCUCUGCCCUGGGGAAGCAAGCUGAUACUAGAGACCACCACCUGAAAAACAGAGCCCCUGUUAUCCCAAAUAAGUCACCAGCACUAACUAGAGAUUUUCUUGUAGUAGAGAAACACAACUUCAUUUAAGUUAUGACCAGAAUUCAGAUUACCUGUUAAGAUAAAUAUGGUUGUAUAUACUACUGGCAAUUUGUUUGAAGUUUUUUUUGCAAAGUAUAUUUUAAAUUAAUUUGAGAAUAUAUUUUGAAUUCUAGAAUCUUUGCUUGUAAAGGGAUCAUUUUUUAAAGUGGUUUGUAAAAUAGUGAAGAUGGCCUUAAAGUCUUAUAAUGAAAAUACAAUAAAUUGCUUUCUCUUA